AUGGUUUGGUUUGAAAUUCUUCCAUCACUUUUUAUUACCGCAGCUCCACUUCUUGUUGUUGCGGCACCUACUCUCUACGUAUGCAAUUGGUAUUUUCUUAAUGGAAAAAAACAUGGACCAAAAAAUAUGACGAAAGAUGAUCGAGAUUAUUAUAUGUAUUUAAGAGAUCGACGUAUUACAGGAAAUGAAUAUUAUCCUCGUGGUGUGGACGCUAUCGAUGACCGUCCUACAUUGGUCAAACUCCGAAACCUUUGGAAUAUGUAG